CCAGGAUCCUGAUUGGUCAAAAAUAACCUUGGAGGUGUGUUCAACAAGGAAACUCGAGAGGAACCGCUCCAUAUAAACCAGGGCUGCAGGUGAAGUCCAUCAUCAACAGGAUCACACAGCAACCAUGAGGUCUCUGGUCUUCGUUCUGCUCAUCGGAGCUGCUUUUGCCCUGGAGGACGACAAGAUCGUCGGAGGCUAUGAGUGCACACCCUACUCCCAGCCCCAUCAGGUGUCCCUGAACUCUGGAUACCACUUCUGUGGUGGCUCCCUGGUCAACGAGAACUGGGUUGUGUCUGCUGCUCACUGCUACAAGUCCCGUGUUGAGGUGCGUCUUGGAGAGCACAACAUCAGGGUCACUGAGGGAAACGAGCAGUUCAUCAGCUCCUCCCGCGUCAUCCGCCACCCCAGGUACAGCUCCUACAACAUCAACAAUGACAUCAUGCUGAUCAAGCUGAGCAAGCCCGCCACCCUCAACGAUUUCGUGAAGCCUGUGGCUCUGCCCACCAGCUGUGCCCCCGCUGGCACCAUGUGCAAAGUCUCCGGCUGGGGCAACACCAUGAGCUCCACUGCUGACAAGAACAAGCUCCAGUGCCUGGACAUCCCCAUCCUGUCUUUCGAGGACUGUGACAACUCCUACCCUGGCCAGAUCACCGACGCCAUGUUCUGCGCUGGAUACCUGGAGGGAGGCAAGGACUCUUGCCAGGGUGACUCUGGUGGCCCCGUUGUCUGCAACGGUGAGCUGCAGGGUGUUGUGUCCUGGGGCUACGGAUGUGCUGAGAGGGACCACCCCGGUGUCUACGCCAAGGUCUGCCUCUUCAACGAUUGGCUGGAGACUACCAUGGCCAAGUACUAAGUCUGAUCCUGCGAUCACCAUCUUACUCUGCAGACUCUACUAUUGUUGAGUUUUGAACAAAAGGUGGCCAUCUUCCAUCUAAGUCA